UGCUACAAGACCCUCAACUAAGCUGGCAGGAGUUGGUGCGCUCUCAGAUGACCAAUACCACUGAGAUGAAGGCAAAGGAUGUCCAAUUCUUCCUAGGUGCGUUCGAGAGGGAUUUACGCGCGGAGUCUGACUCCACCCUGCAACACCAUGCCUGCGCAUUUUUACGACGUCGAUUACGGUAUCUAUCGUCUGAGAUAUACAAACACUUCAACGUUGAAGAGAUUACCGCCUCUGAUGCGUACUCUCCUGACGGAAAGAGUGUCACCGGGUCACUACAGCAACUCCAGCCGAUCGACACCGACGAGCCAGAUCCAACACUCAUGCCGGCCUUCUCCAUCAUUCGAGAAUUCCUCUUCGAUGGAACCGCUUAUGAGGCACUGAAGGAAAACGUAAAAAACUUCACACAGCAUACGCGCAACUACGGGGAGGAAAUGGUCGACAUAAUGGUGAGGAAUGUACACCCACCCAGCAAGCAUUUGGGAUCUCCUCCAAACGUUGAUGCGACACGCCUGUUCAAUCUCUUCAAUAUCUUUCUUGCUGAUCUUGCGAAAGAAGCAGAAAUCCAUAUGAUCUCUGCUUCCGAUCGCGCCGGGAUCAAGAGCGUUCACGAAAAGCUAUCGAAACUUGCAGCCAGAUUGAAUGCGUUGUGGACGGAUCAAGUGCCAUCGUGGCACUUUUAUCCGCUCAUACCAACUAACAAUGGCUGCCGAUCAUUUAUGAGUCCUUCAGCAAACGCGAUAUUCCGCCUUUACCAUCACCAGCUGGUGGAUAUUCAUGAGAUCAACGAUAUACCACCGGAAGAUCAGAACCACGAGUACGAGUACUCACCAAUGCCAGCGGAUAACGUUCCUCCAAUCGGUCCGAAUCUGCUGAUGCACUUCUUCCUGCAUCCGGAAGAGAGCCCCUCAUCCGCGGUUCUGCUUCCAAGUAUACCGAAACGCAAGGAUAACAUACUCGAGCCCUGCCCAGUGCGCGGUAGUAGUAUCGGUUGGGGGCUUGACGUCGUUACUGGUGUUGACGAGCUGAAACUCUUCGGCCUAGCCCUGCUUGGUACCCUGGCAAGCAUUAUCUUCGGGCUUGUUUGGUCAGUGAUAAAACACGACAUACAGGGCGCAUUCGCUGUCGCAGGUUUCCUUUUCGCAAUCCUCACGUUCACUAUCGCGAGUGUCAAAGCGCUGGACUUCUAAGGUUUGUGUGGCAACACUCGAAUUGAUGUCAUAGGGUUUAGGGUUAUCUAAUAUGAUAAUUUGCCAUACCA